UCGCUUCGGGUUGGGGGUUCCUUGGGCGCCUUUUGCUCGCUAGUGGCCGCGGGAUUGGGCGACUCAUUGUGUAUUUGUCCCACUCCGAGCUGAAACCGGAGCCGCCUGUGCGCAGGGGAUUGUCCCAGGGAGAGUGGGUCAUUGCUGGGCAGGGGAAUAGCCAAUGGGGCCCAACAUCACAGGAGCCCCUCAUACAUGUAACAGCGCUUGGGAAAUCCAGCGUGCGGAUUGGCCGGUAGCAGAGAUGCUGUAAUGAUGCAACGGGGGUCGCCCUGUGUGUUUGAUACCCAAUGUAGGAGGAGCUAGCAUGUCAUCUCAUUAGGGGUAUAAUAACUGAGAAGGGGUUUACAGGGCAAAGCUGAUCCCCUAGGCCGCUGUUCAACUUGGAUUAACCUCUCAGCUUCCAGAGACAUUUUCUGCGCUUUGGGAGGAAGACGAUAACAAUAGACUUCCCUGGCCUGAUUGGACUGGACAUCUUAUGGAAUGUUCUCCAGAGAUGGAACCAAGGAGGUUAGCGGAAAAACUGGAGCCGGACACUGAGGACCCCCUGCCCAUCACAAAGAUGGAAAUGGAUUCUGUCUCUGGGGAUGAUCUCCCAGAGGAGGAACCAGAAAUAUUACAAAUAAAGAUCAAGGAAGAAAUGGAGUGCGAAGAUCUAAACUCAAUGGAAAACUGCGCCAUUCCACUUACUGGUAGAGGCAGGGGUCCUUCAAUCAACCCUAGAGCAGGAAGAAAAAAAAGGCCACCGCAACAUCUUCCACUGCUGGGCAAAAGCUGCGGCCCUUCCCUUGGCUUUGCAGGAAUGUUCCCAGAAAUCCCAGCGCCCCCUCUGGCCUGCAGGACUGCCUCAGACAUUCAUUGCUCUCCCUGCACCCCUGCAGACAGUUUCCAGUACUUAGCCGCUCAGCCCCUAAUGGAAUACAAUAUAAACCACCCCGUCAGCUUGCACACUCCUGUCCAGUUCCCACAUUCAUUCUUUAGUAUGACAGAAGGUACCCCAGGAAUUCCCCCGGACACCAAGCGGAAGCGCGUCUCGCUGAGCAUAAAGGACAAAGUGACGUUGCUGCAGGAUCUAGAAAAUGGCGCCUCCGUAAAGUCCCUGUGCGACAAAUACGGGAUUGGCACGUCCACUAUUUAUGAUCUAAAGAAGCAAAAGGAUAAACUGUUGACGUUCUACAGUAACAGCGACGCCCCCGAUUUAAUGGCCGAUAGAAAAACCCUGCACCAAGCAAAGAACGUUUCCGUGGACAAGGUGCUUAUGGAAUGGAUCCGCCAGCGCCGCAGGGAGAACUUCCCGCUUUCUCGGUCCCUUAUCAUGGCCCAGGCAAAAAAAUUCCACGUGUUGCUGAACAUCUCAACGCCUUGCGAGUAUUCGUCGGGCUGGUACGGCAAAUUCAAGAAGAGGAAUGGCCUCAGUAUCUUGUCUAUAAACGGAGAGAAAGCCUCCGAGGAGUAUAAUGUAGCCGACAACUUUGUGAAGAAGCUCAAUAAACUGGUUAGCGACGAGCACCUAUCGGCAGAGCAGGUGUAUAACGCGGCUAAAGCCUCCCUGUUUUGGAGGCAUCUGCCACAGAAAUUGGUCGCUACGGCUCAGAAGCCGCCAUCAAGCGGGUUGGAAGACCCCAAAGAAAGACUCACUGUGCUGGCUUGUUCCAAUGCGGCGGGGACGCACAAGGCACGGCUGCUCGUUAUUGGCAAAAGCAGAAACCCGCGUGCGUUUAAAGGUGUCCGUGUUUUCCCUGUUACCUACACAGCCAAUAAGCAGGCGGGGAUCACCAGAGAAAUCUUCCAGGACUGGUUUGAGAACCAUUUUGUUCCCGAGGCGAGGGCACACUGCAUGUCGGUGGGACUCAGCCAGGAUGCCAAGGUCAUGUUAAUUUUAGAUCAUUGCCCCACACACCCCAGCGCGGAAUUCCUUGUUAAAGAUAAUGUGUUUGCUGUGUGUUUGCCCCCCGACUGUACGUCCUUCAUCCAACCCCUGGACCAAGGGAUUCUGCGCUUAUUCAAGUCAAACUAUAAGAGCGAAUUCCUGCAGAGAAUGCUGACGGAGUGCAAUAAGGGCAUGGCCGGGGCACAGUUCCAGGCUAAGGCCAAUAUCAAGGAUGCCAUUUGGACUGCUGCAUUGGCCUGGGAUAAAGUGGAUAAGCAAGCACUGAUUCAUGGGUGGCGUAACCUGUGUCCCUCUUCAUUCGCCUUGGAUAACCCUGCCGAGGAAUGCGACUUUCUGGGCUUUACUGAGCUCCGCGAAUCCCAGCUCACCUCGGAACUGAUGAACUACGCGCGGAGCCUGUCGUGCCCGGAAGCCCGGCUCUUGGAUGAGGAGGCGAUAGAAGAGAGUUUCACUGCUGACAACGACGCGCCGGUAGCUCUGCAGCUGCCAGAUGGAGACAUUAGCGAAAACUCAGAUGAAGAGAGUGACAGCGACGAGCCGGAGGGUGUUGUGAAAGAGAAAAUGCCCAUUGACAGAAUGAUAGGCCUGGCUGAAGAGCUGAUUGGUGGCAUGGAACAGAGGAGCUUCAUAUCAGAACAGCAAAUAAUGGCAGUCUAUAGAAUCAAAGAACAACUUCUACAGGAAAAAUUAUAUGAAACAGCAUGGACACAAAUGUUUCCCAAUAGCACCUCUUGCCCUGACCCCCAGCCCUCGCGGGAUGAGAACUGCUGAACUGCUGUUGUAGGAAAUGUCCAUCCAUUCUUAGCAAUGCACAGUAUUCAAGCACAGAUUGGAACCAGGCCGUGAUUGGGCACUUAUUUAUUUUCCCCAAAGCCCCCAGCGCUAGGGUUCAUCUAAGGCUAACAUUCCCAAAGCAGCACAGGGGCAAGAGGCUACUGGGGUAAUAGUCACCCUGAUAUAGUUCCAGGGGUUUGUUACCCCAAUGUUUCUAUAUAUCUGUAACCUUGUUAUGGGCUAAGGGGGCCCAGCCUGAAGG